AUGAUUGAUAGCAAACUUUAUUUUGAUUUCGUGAGACAAGCGGGUAGCCCAGACCCAGCGACAAAACCAGCACUUAUGGCAAUGGUGAAGCAGAGUUUCGGUUCGAAUACUGCUAAGAAUUGGGAACAGGUGGAUCCCUAUACUCAAGUAAUACUCUACACCAGUCAUUUCUUCAAAAAUAAUGCGAUCGAUGAAGCCACUCGGAAGUUGCAUAUCUUCGGAUGGAUUCGAUACGGGUUUACUCGUGAUGAGGUAUUAUAUAUAUUGAAAUUUGCUGGGUUCACAGAACCUGACAAGAUUCGGUAUAUGCAAUUAUACGACAACUACGUGUUAAAAUCGGAGACCAUGACACUUUUAGGUUUCCAGACCUUAUACAUCAAUGAUUAUGGUCAAAGGGAUAUCCGUUCUGCCAACUUGGUAGCAUGCAAAGAAUUGAUAAAGGAACUCCACAAAGAAACGCUCAGCGUUGGUCUAGCGACCUCGAAGAACGGCGACUGGGAAGUUCUUUUCGACAUGUGGAUCAAAGCCGGCUACGAACGGGUCAAGGUGGAAAACAUCCUUGCACGAUGUAUCGAUCGGCCGUUUUGCGUCUAA